AUGGGCAUCUGCCUGGACACUGAUCAACAAAAUGGAUCGCAGGUGUUCGAGGAAGCUGAUGCUCGAAGCGCGGGGAAAUGGCGAGGAGAGGCUGGCCUCUUGUCAACACCCCCAAGCGGAUAUUUUCCACAACAGAACGUUGGUGCAGUUAAAUUCGAAGUUCCAAAAGUGCCUGUCAUAUUUGUGCUUGGUGGACCUGGUAGUGGAAAGGUGACACAUUGUGAUAAUUUGAUGCAAGAGAAAAAGGGUAUAACGCAUAUCAAUAUGAUGGAUCUCCUUCAACAAUACGCUCUUGGAAAUGAUAUGCAAGAUUUCGGACAACUUAGCAGUAAAACAGUUGCGGAGGUUCUUAUGCUGGAAAUCAAGAUGUCUCCAGGUUCUAAAGUCUUUCUUGUUAGUGGUUAUCCACGUAAUAUGCGCGACGUAGUAGAAUAUGCUGAAAAAAUUAAAAUUGUAAACGGCGUGAUUCUCGUGUCCUGGAGACAGGAGAUUCUCGAAAGACAAAUCGAUUUUGGUGCACAACUUGGACAAGUAGUGAUCGAGCUAGCAAGAAUGGAACUUUAUAAUUUUUAUAGAAACGUUAUGCCCGUCGCAGAAUAUUUCGAUCAAAGUGGAAUGUUGCUAGAGAUAAACGGAGAAAGAAAUCCGAGCGAGGUUUACGUCGAUUUUCGUGAAGCGGUUUUCAAAAUUCUCGGCUUGUCAAACGAUGAAAUACAAGGAAAAAAUGCUUCUCAACCGUUAAAAACAGAAGUAGAAGUCGAGAGGAGGAAAGAAUCUAUUCCAAAAUCAUCAUCUCCUAUGGAAGAAGUGUUGGCUCAGCUAACGCAAAUACCUGUCGAGGUGAAUGUGAAACCCGUAAAAACCGCGAUCAAGUCUAGAAAAGGAUUACCCGCGUUCAUCUGGGUUAUAGGUGGCCCAGGAAGCAACAAAGAAAAUUUAUGCACUCAGGCUGUUCGCAAUAUGCCAGGCUGGGUCCAAGUUAGCAUCGGUGGUUUGCUUAGAGCGAUGGCAUCGUCAAAUACUAUUGUCAACGAUGCUAUCGUCUCUGGAGAAACGGUGCCACAAGACAUCGUCAUGCAAGUAGUAGAGCAGCAGAUUAUGCUAAAUCGCGACACGGAUGGCAUAGUAAUAGAUGGCUAUCCGAGGGACUUGAAUCAAGUGCAAGAAUUUGAGAAUAAGUUUGGCCAGCAGCCACCGUUAGUAUUAUUAGACUGCUCGAAACUACAACUUGGCAGAGGAAGGAUAGAUGAUAACGUAUCUGCAUUUAGAAAGAGGCUGGAACUCUUUCGCGAAGUAUCUUUACCUAUGUUAAAAACCCUGGACAACGAAAAUCGCUUAACGAUUAUUGAUGGCGACACGGACGUACCAAGCGUGCAACAAGAAUUCGCGGCCGCACUUUAUCAAUUAAUGACGCAAACGCGUCGCAAAGAAGAGAAUGAUCUGCAUAAUCCUGAACCACAGAUGGUACAAGAAAAUGGAAACAAUGAGAAAUUAAAUACAGUUGUUCUUAAUAAUAGGGAUCAAUCGAUCAUAUCAAACGGUGUUUCUAAGCAGAUGACCGAUGGUAAAUUAAAUGGCGAGCAAGCAGUUAAUGCUACGAAAAAUAUGAAUGGAAUACGCAGCAUACAGGGUGCAGUACGAAUCGCAAAUGGAUUAAAGAAUAACGCCAGACAGGUUCAAAAAAACGGUGCUGCUCGUAUGCAAAACGGUAUUGCGAAUGGUACCGCACACAUGUUGCAAAAUGGUGUUGCACAUCUGGCCAACGGAAUUAUAUCAAGUAAUAACAAAGUUGCACCGGCAGUACAAAAUUAUUUGCCGAACAACACCAAAGAUGCAGUGAGGAAGAUGUACAACGAGGUCGAAGGUUACCAACAGAAUUUACACAUGUAGUUAAAAACACGUGUAAGAUCGUCGUUCGAACGAAAAAUUAAAAAGGAGAAAAGAAUAUUUUUAAUAUUGUUCUAUCUUUUUAUAAAUUUAAUCGAUCACGUUAAUGAUCACGAAAUUAAACGAACAUUCGAAGUUCCUCUCUGAUAAAACAUACAUACAUAUAUAAGCAGUAUACUAUACGUAUUAUAAUAAUACUAUAUGAAGAUUUUUCGGCGUUACCUGAUAAACUGGAAAAGUAUAAUUUACUAGAGAAGAUAAGAAGAAGUUAUUAUAUGAAGUUUUUGUUUAUGAACGCUUCGCCAUGAUAGAAGAAAGAUUUCAAUGCCAUAGAUAAGUUUCAAUAAAUGUGUAAACAUUACAUUACAAGAGUCUUUAAACGAAAUUCAGAACUCGCUAAUUAAGAGUCCAUUAAGCGGGAUCGUUUUAAAACAGAAAAACAUAAUGUAAAAUAGCAAUGAAAAAUCGUUGCUUGAUUCAUGUUGUGUUCAAUAUGAAGUUAUAAUUUUCCAACAAAACAGUUUUAACUCAAUUUCGUACUAUAUUUUUUACUUAUUUUCAAUAAUCCCAGUUUGUCGGGAAAAUCCGGGAACAGCCCACUUACGUAAUAAUACAUUCGCAUCGUGCCUUAAGACCAUUACGACUUACAUAGGAUUAAACGAUGAAUUUAAGAGGAAAGCCAAACGCAAAAUUAGAUACGCAAAUGUAUACAUAUAGACUAAGAUACUCGUAUUCAAAUAUCGAGGUUUCGAGACUAAAUAGUUGUAUACGAUACGUUUAAGUGUAAUAUGAAAUACGUAUGUUUUUCUUUCUUGUUUUUCUUAUUCUUUUUUACCUGAACGUUACAGACAGUAAGUACUUACAUCAAGCGAGACUGAUAACGAAGUAAAGUAUUUAAUAUCGUUCGUUUCUAAUAAAACGCUAUUAUAAAAAUAAGAUUUUUUAUGGAACUCUAGAAAACAGAUAUUUCAAGAGUGUAAAUGAAAAUUUAACUCUAAUGAAAAUUGAACCAAAUUAUGCAAAUUUAAUAACUACGAAUCAGUAGCUGGUACGUUGAACUCUUAUCAAAAGAAAUUAAAUGGCUCUUGAUACAAGCACAUAUUACGUAGAAAAAGAAUUUAGUUUCGGACUUUUGAAUGGAAUAUUAUCCGUGUUUCUAUUACUCUAAACGGUACUCAUACUAAGCACGAUAAGAUAUCAAUAAGUUAAGUCUAAUUAAAGAACAUUUAAUAAUUGUAUAUUCUAAUAAAAUAUUAAAAUAAUCGUU